ACGCUGCCCUCAAACCUCCCCACCUCUUCUUCAACUCUCUCUCUAUAUAACCUCUUCUCUCUCAUCUCCAUCGCGCCCCUCUCUCCCCCCCCCUCCUCCUUCUCCCCUCCCUCCUCACCGCCGCACGCGGCGGAGGCAGACAUCGCUACGGCGUCUCUCCAAUCCAGAUCCGCCGUCCACGGCCCAGAUUUAAAAAAAUUCCGAUAGUCCAAUCUCCCCAUCCCUCUACUGUUCAUUAGCAUUUGUCUCGGAAAUUCAUAAAUUCUCCGCCUCAUUAUUAAUAAAAUCCAACUCUCCUUUUAUCUUUUUCCCCCUUUCAAUUUUUUUAAGUCUAAAUGCACAAUUUUUUAUAGCUCUCGCCCUUCUCCUCUACUGUAGUUGUGAUUUACCCCGAAAUUUAACCUUUUUCACUCUCUCGGAAACCGUUUUUGCCGUUUUAUUCAAUCCAAUUAAAUUGUCUUUGUUAUUUUCACCCCGAACUGACGCUUCUGCCCUUGAGAAUCAAGCUGACGUGGCACCCAAAUUCACUUUUAACGAUAGACGGUCAGGAUGAGUUACCACGCGCGCAGAAUAUUGACGCCUGGGGCCUCACGGAAGCGGAAAGAGAUGGAGUCCCUUCAUCCUUCCACGUUAGCGAAACCGUUAGUUCCACUAACGUCCGUCACCCGCGCCGUUAGUGGGGCCAGCCAGGCGACGAAGGCGACUGAGCCGCAACCGAUGACAUCAAACCGGCUCUUAGCCGGCUACAUGGCCUACGAGUUCCUGACUAAAGGAACGCUUUUCGGGCAAAAGUUCGACCCGGGCCGGGCCGAGGCUAUGCCGGUCAGCAUGGCCGAGCCGAAGAGGAACCGGUAUGGUAAGGAAGCCGAGCCGACCGGGAAGCCGAAGCCGCAGAGCUAUGCUGAGGUGGCAAACAUAAUGAAAAGCGAUGCGGUCCACAUUCCGGGAGUAGUCAACCCCACGCAAUUAGCUCGGUGGAUUCAAAUGUAGAGUUUCUGGACACGUGGAAGCAUCUGGCUGCGAUGUCCACGUGAUCUUCGUGUAGUAUUCCCGCUCGCUGUAUGUACGUGGAGCUUAAAUUCUCUCUUUCGUACUGCAAUAUAUCAAACCGCUCUCGUCUUCUCCUUCA